CGCCCAGACCAUGCAUCGCCCGGCAGCGCUCCUCGCAGCCCUCGGGCUCCUCGCUCCGUUCGCGCAUGCUGCCCAAGAUGACGGCAGCAGCUCGCUCAUGCUGUGGCCAUCCAGUGUCGAUGCCAAGCUGUCGAUCUCGGGCGCCAACGUGGUGACGCCGACCGCAGCUAUCGUGGGCGUGCUGGACGCGUCGCUCGAGCUCGCCCUGGAGGCAUGGCCCGCUGCGAUUGCGUCGGUCGACAUUGCGUUCGUGCCGUCCGUGGCGGCGCCGAGCUCGACGUGGGUCGAGUACCUCGCGCAAGAGCAAGCCAUGCCAGUGAGCUCCGAAGGCAUCCACGUGCGCGUGACGCCGGCUCCAGCGUCAAGCGCCACGCCGCUCGAGGUCCAAGGCAACGCGACGGCCCUCUUGACGCACCUCCUCGGGACGCCCUUUGCGCCGACCAGCUCCUACCGCUUUGCCAACGCCUCGUGCGACGUGCCGGCGUACGCGACGAAUGCAUCGCGCGCGUCGAUUCCAUUCUGCUACGUGGCGUCGCGGGACGUCCUCGCGCUGCACGACGUGUCGACGCCGUCGUUCUUUGCCGCCACCGGCGCGUCCCCUCUCCAGCGCGCGCUCUCCUCGCGGUUCCCCACUGCCUUGGUCGCUGCGUGGACGCACAUCUACACGCAUCUCGCCCUUGCUCCCAUCGAUCGCUCCCACGCCCAAGUUGUGCUGCGUCAAGUGGCCGAGACGGCUGACACGCUCUCGGCGACGACCAAGGAUGUGCGCGUCGCCGUCGUCGAGUCGAUCGAUGGCAGCAACGGUCUCGUGUCCUUCUUGGAGCUGGACACGAAGGACCGCAACACGUAUGUGGCGCCGCGCUCGAGGUCGUUCGUGUCGGGCGUCAAGACGUCGAUCGUCGGGCACGGCUUUCACCAGACCUUGGCCGUCGACUUGACGGUCGACGCGACGCUCAAGGACUCGGAGACGUGCUCGCUCCUUCUCGUGCAGCCGUUGCCCCAGACAGCCUACGCCGACAUGGACGAGCUGCGCCGCCUCGAACGGUUUGGGGCAUUUGAGCUUCUCGCGUUCAGCAAACACAUUGAGAUUGAGCGGCCCGCGGCCAUCUCGACCGAGCACGUUGUCGCGUUCGUCGCUACCUUGCCCCCCACAGGCGCGUUCCGUGUCGAGUACCCGGUGCACUUUCGGUACCAGUCGCCGGCCAAGGACAAGUUGUAUCGCCCGUCGGUGGUCGUGGCGCCGUCGCUCUAUGUGCGCUGCACGACCGCGAGUAUGACUGCCAGCUCCAUCGUCGAGUGGACUUCGAUCGUUUUGCCCGUGGCCCAGCCCGCGGUCUCGGUCGAGAUUCCUGUCGGCAACCUCUCGGACGGACGGAUCGUGACGUCCGUGACGCUCUUUGUGAGCAUCGUCGGCUGCCUCCUCCUCUACAAGUCGUUCCCGUCGACGUCCCGGGCGUCUUUCAAGCAAGCGACGGGCGCCAAGCGUGAUUGAGACCAUUACGCUCUUCCUAGAGUCAUUGCUAGUACUCAUAAGUCGGCCAGCUCGGGCGGCAUGCCUCGAAACGAGUGCGGACCGGAGCGUGCGGGCGUUAAACUCUUGGCCGAUUGCA